AUGUCUGCAAAUAUCAACUCGGUGGUGACAGUGUUCACGAAUCUUUUCUCGAAUCAGGGCACAACUUUGCUCAACACGAUUCUCAUUGUGACAACGAUUGGAGGACAAUCGAUCAUUCGAAAGUUGACUUUCACCUGUCCAUGUGCCUAUCCACUCAACGAGAUUCAUUCGCUAAUUUUCAUGGUUGGUCCAUCAAUCGCUUUGCUAAUCAUUGGGAUCAUGUUGAACUCGACCACUUGGAGGCUAUCACAUGGAUGUGUGUUUAGACACCCAAAAACGAGGCAUUCCUGGAAAACGACGUGUUAUUCAUGGACGGAGGUGAUCGCGCAGGCGUCGGUGGCGCCAAUCGCCUGGCUGUUCGUCGUUUUUCUCGAUGGAGGCUAUUUCACUUGUUAUCGCGCUGCGCAUUUCUGCAUGAUGGAGGACGCGAUUCAGUGCAAAAAUGCGACAAUUUUGGCAUUUUAUAAAACAUCCGCUAAUUACGAUAUGAUGAGUGAUGGUGGAAAGUACUGUCCCGAUUGUAUUUGUCAUAUGGGCGCUUCUGAUUCAGCGUAUAUUGAAGCACAGUCACAGAUCAUAGCUUGGGGAAUCCUGAUCGUUUAUGGAUUGCUAGCGUUUGCCUCAAUGUGCUCAAUUCGAAUGUUUGAUAAGUACACGAUGGUGCAACGUCAAUACGUGGAAAUGUACAAGAAUGAAGAGAAGAAGAAUUUCGACUCGGUGGCAAAGGAGUACGCGACUAAACUCUCCGAAGCGAACGCGCGGGCCUUUUUCGGGCACGAGCUUUGGGACAAAAAGGACUGGGAUUGGGUGUCCGGAGUGCCAGAGAUCAAUAAUCCGAUGCUUGUCAGAUUGAAGCUGAUCGCCUCUGAGAAAGCGAUGCGACGAUAUUUCACACCGUUGCAGAUUUGGAACGAGCAAAAGGGUUACACCAUCCCGGCACCGGACAUCAAUCCACAGCCGAUGUUGAGCGAAAUGGAAGAGGGAAAUGGCAUUAAAAAUGAA